AUGGAAAUUGGUGAUGACAAGUAUUUGAAGAUACAAGGGAAAGGAACUGUGGGAGUUCAGACACCAGCAGGCUAUGCCCAAAUUCUCGAUGAAAAGAGAUCAAAGCUGGAUGCUAAGUCACAGGUUGUUAUUAAUCUUGGCUUUAGUGAAAUCUCCAAAGGAUAUCGACUAUAUGAUGUUGAGACCAAGAAGGAGGAACCUCAUUCCUCCAGAGAAGGUGAAGAAGAUGACAUGGAGGAGCUAUAGAUUCCACAUGUCACCCACUGUUACCAUUUAGUGAAAGCAAAAAUGGGUCAUGGAAUAAUCAAGGGCCAUGACCUCCAACUUUACGCAAUUUUUGCUGGCCACUCAGGUCGUGAUGUUGCAGAGUACUUGGUGACUCACCUCUUUGACAAGAUAUUGAGAGAGCCUGACUUCUGGAGAACCCCCAAACGAGCAAUCAAAAGAGCUUACAAAGCAACAAAUGAUGAGAUUUUGGAGGAUGUUGCUUGUUCUCGAAGUGGCUCAACUGCUGUUACAGCAAUACUAAUUGAUAGACAAAAGCGAAUUGUGGCUAAUGUUGAUGAUUCUCGAGCAAUCUUAUGCCGAGGUGGUGCAGUGAAACAAGUAACAACAGAUCAUGAGCCACAUAAGGAGAAAGAAUUAGUUGAAAGCGGAGAUGGAUUCAUGUCCGAAAUGCCAUGUAAUGUUCCUCGAGUGGAUAGGCAGCUGGCGAUGACAAGGGCCAUUGGAGAUGGUAAACUGAAGGAACAUAUCGCUUCAAAACCAGAUGUAAGGGUUGAAAUGAUUGAUCCAGAUGCAGAUGAAUUCUUCAUUCUAGCAAGUGAUGGCCUUUGGGAGGCAAUGUCAAAUGAACAGGCUUUUGAUCACAUUAGAGAGUUUGAUGAUGCCCAAGAAGAGUCAGAGGAAUUAAUCAGAGAAGCAUUAGCUAGGGGAAGUCAAGAUGAUAUCUAUUGUAUAGUUGUAGCUUUUCAUUAA